AUGCAUCUAAUAUAUGUGUCAUUAUCGAUUAUUUCAUUUACCUUGUCAUGUGUUCAAUGUGAUAUAACAAAUCUGGAUGAAUUCCUCAGCAUAUUUGAAACGAAUACGUCAGUUCAGUAUCCAGUUGGAUUUCUUUCAGCCGCUAAUUAUGAAGUUGUCAAACGGUAUCUUCCAACAAAUACUAAAAAUAUGUUUUUCGACAAGAAAAAUGAUAUGUUAAAAUGUGUUGAGAAUGAAACAAUUAUUGCUGGUGUUACCACAGGUGUAUUAGCGCAAGAUCUAGCACCAAACUAUCAUGUAUUCUCAUCAUUAAUUGUCUCCCCACAAGCAAUGCUUCUUGCGCCUGAUUAUAACAAUAUAACAUCACCUUAUGGACUAAAAAAUGAUUCUAGCAAUGAUCUAUUUGAUGCACUCAACGCUGCUAUCGCUGAUAUACAAAGAGAAGAUAAAGAUGAAACCUUACUCAGUAAAAAUAAUAAAACAAAUCAAAUUCGUGUUUUUACGUGCCUUCAAGAUACUCAACUACCUGUUCCAAACCGGAAUGAUACAACCGGUUUUCUACGUAAAAUAUUAUUUGAGACAAAAAAAUUAUUAAUCGGUGGUUUAGGACCAAUGGAUAUGGGAGGACAUGAUGGAGAUUAUAAUGUGAAUCCUCCUACCGGUUUUUUUCCUGAAUUACUUGACGCUAUUGUUAAAAAACUGGGCCAACUAAAAGGACCGGAUGGUUUCGUUUAUGGCGAAGGGAUCACUGUUAACCGGAUAUAUCAUAAAAACAUGACAUCACUAUUUCGAGCUUUACUCAAUGGAGAGAUUCACGCAACAGAUGUUUACAUACUGAUCAAUGCACAAUAUAAUGGUACAGGGGAAGUAUGUUCAAAUGAUACUGAAUGUCGAGCACGAGAGGUGUGUACAGAUGGUUUUUGUACACAUCCCGUGCGACCACGAUCAUUGCAUUUUCGUACAACAUGCACAACAACUAGUCGUGAUACAAAAUUUAUUACAAAAAAAGAUAGUAGUUUUCUAAGAAAUGAUACUAAAACAAAUGAAUCAUCAACUGAUACUUCUCAUCAAACACCAAAAACACGUUGGAUUGGUUUUAUUCUAUUGUUUGCUGCUCUUUUUGGUGCUAUAUUUCUUGGAUUACUUAUACUUGUACGGCGUAAAAAAUAUUAUCGUGUUGAACAUACAUUGCAAGGUGGUUUCGGUAAAUUUGCUCGGCUACAAGAAGAAUCUGAACCACCUAUGGAAAGCAUGGAUGCAUUUGAAGAUCAUGCUGUACAAUCACCCAGAGACAAUACUAAUUCGACAAGUUAA